ACUUGAUUAGGCUUAAGUCAGAACCUGGGGGAUUCCAGACCUGUAGCCUAUUCAGUAGGGGCUAAAGCAUGCAGGAAGGAUAAUAGAUUCUGACAUUGAUUGUGACCUUGAAAAUGGCUAAGGAUGAGGACAACAGCAGUGUCCAUUUGUUGGAUCUCCCUUGGGAAGAUGUGUUGGUCCCACAUAUACUCCGCAAUCUCCCACUGAGGCACAUACUAAGUCUUCAGAGAGUCAGCAAACCAUUUCAGUCCCUGGUCCACCUUUAUCUUGCCAACUGCCGCCAUUUUGAUUCUACUCAGUUGGGAUCACAUUUACCCAAAAGCACCUUCUCCGAACUGCUUAGGAACAAUACUGUAUUGCAGAAACUUGACCUACAGAGCUGUUGUGAUUGGUUAACGGACAAGGAGCUGCUUCCUGUCAUUGGCCAAAACCAUCACCUCAUCCACAUCAACUUGAAUAGCUGCGGACAGCUAACCCGGCAGUCAUUGGUUGCAAUAUCGCUGAGCUGUCCUCACCUGCAAAACAUUUGCCUUGGUCAUUGUGAGUGGGUGGACUGUCUUUCCCUGCGCAGUUUAGUUGACCAUUGCAAAUGUUUGGAGGCAAUUGAUCUGACAGCUUGUCGUCAGUUGAAGGACGACACCAUCAGCUACUUGGUGCAGAAGAGCACAAGAUUAAAAUCGCUUUCACUGGCAGUCAAUGCAAACAUUAGCGACAUUGCUGUUGAAGAAACAGCUAAGAACUGCAGAGAUCUGGAACACCUCGAUUUAACAGGAUGCCUGCGUGUGAAAAAUGAUUCUAUUAGGACCCUGGCUGAAUACUGUACCAAACUAAAGUCCCUGAAAGUAAAGCACUGCCACAAUGUCACGGAAUCCAGCCUAGGAAACCUACGGAAGAGAGAAGUAGUGCUCGAUGUGGAGCCUCCGCUGCAGCGAGCAUUGGUUCUCCUGCAGGAUGUUGUGGGCUUUGGGCCAUUUAUAAAUCUCCAGAUCUAGAGCUGCUCCUAUUACAUCAUACCUUUAGCUACCAUUUGUUGUGCUGACUGCGGUGGAAUAUACAUUCUUAUUUUAAAAGGUGCUGUGAGGACAGAGAAUACUGUAUUACUUUUUGGCUUGCAGUAAACUGCCCUCAUUCAACUGGACCAUCAUCGUGAAUUGUUUUUAAUUGCUCCUUGGGAUCCAAUUCUUGAAACAGAUCCACGAGCCAAGUGUUAUAGUGAAUGAUAUGAUUCUGUACAACAUAAUAUAGACUAUUUAAUGUAAUUAGUAAAAUAUGAUAUUCUGUAUCAUACAGUAUGGAAAUGUUUUAAUUUAAAUAUGCAACUAACUAUUGGACUCAACUUAACCAGAAGUAUUUGUGUUUAGGGAUUCUGGAACAUAACAAUACUUUGGCAGCCAAAAUCACACUUAUCAUUAAAGUGUUUUUGCCAGAA